AUGGUCAAAGCCAGCUGUGUUUGCGGGAACUCUGCGUAUGAAUUCACCGGGAAGUAUCAGGCCUUCCUUGCUUGUCACUGUGUUCCCUGCCGCAAAGUCACAGGCGCUGAUCGAUCUCUGAACUUGGUUGUGCACAAAGAUGAGGUGACAAUCACUUCGGGAACGGACAGACUGGUCUCUAGAAGCGCCGACAGCGGGAAGGGCCUGACAUACUAUCAGUGCCAGAAUUGUGGGAACACGAUGUUUGCAGUGUCUGGGAAGGAUCUUGAUACGUAUUUUCUCAAGGCUGGUCUCAUCGACGACAAUAAGUUCUUGAAUACGCUCGGAACACCGAAGAUGGAAAUCUACUGCAAAUAUUUGUGGAACUGGGAGAGGACAUUCGAGGGAGCGCAAGCAACUCAGAACUAG